AUGAAGGUCCAAGUUGCUUCCGCCGCUGCCGUCCUCCUGGCCGGCCAAGCCCUUGCCGCUCCCGCCCAGCUCCAGGCCCGCCAGGGCAAGACCGCCGCCGCCAUCAUCGCCGAGAUCGCUCCCGGCUCCGCCUCUUGCGAUGGCACGCCGGACUGCCGCACGGCCGACCAGGCCGCGCCGUUCCUGAUCGAGGCCAUGGCGAAAUACGGCCUCACCUCGCCCGGCCAGAUCGCCGGCGUGCUCGCGCUGUCGGCCUUCGAGUCGGUCGACUUCAAGUUCAAGCACAACGUGUUCCCCGGCCGCCCCGGCCAGGGCACCUCCAACAUGCAGAUGUUCCCCUUCAACAUCCUCUACGCCCAGUCCAUCUCCGAGCUCGCGGGCCAGGUGUCGGGCGUCAGCGCCGACGCGCCCGACGCCCAGAAGAACGAGAUUCUCGACCUGCUCGCCGACGACAAGUACAACUUCGGCAGCGGCGCCUGGUUCCUCACCACCCAGUGCGGCAGCGACGUCGUCGAGGGCCUCAAGUCCGGCUCGGACGCGUCCUUCGCCGCCUACAUGGCCUGCGUCGGCGUCGGCCUCGACGGCGACCGCCAGGCCUACUGGACCCGCGCCAAGCAGGCCUUCGGUAUCUAA